UCUUUUCCAAUAUGCGCUCUCUUUUUGUUCGAUGCGUCUUACGUGCAAACGAGGAUAUAUACGGCUGCCAAUGGAAAUUAACUCCGAUUUUGGUGGUUGAGUACAUCAGAAUGUUGACUAUAUCUGGUGUUCUCUUCGUUUGCUUGUGCGCGGUGCAAGCAUAUUACGCACCCGGUUCCGUGCCAAGCCAGUACCAGCGGCCCAACACUUCCAACAGCCCUUACAGCCCAUACAACCCUUACAACCCGUACAACCCCCAGCCUCAACCAUCGAAUUCAACCGACGCAGUGCCAGCACCACCGAAGAACGAAACGCAGCCAGAAUGGAACCCAUCAUGGAAUAAUUCGACCGACUGCGACUUUGGACCGUGCGAUGAAGGAACCGUGCCGGAACCUGAAUGGAACCCUGCAUUUGACAACGACACUAAUAGCACCGAUUCAUCUGAUGACUGGCCUCCUUCUUACGACUUCAACAACUCCACCGACCAACCCGAGUGGAACCCAUCUUACGACUUCAACAACUCCACCGACCAACCCGAGUGGAACCCAUCUUACGACUUCAACAACUCCACCGACCAACCUGAGUGGAACCCAUCUUACGAGUUCAACAACUCCACCGACCAACCUGAGUGGAACCCAUCUUACGAGUUCAACAACUCCACCGACCAACCUGAGUGGAAUCCCUCUGACGACGACUUUAGAAAUAAUCCUGAACAGAACCCCGAUGACGAUAUAGAUAGUUUAUUUGACGACGGUCCUGAGUCGAAACCCACGGUAGAGGCAUCCAAGCCAAAACCUCCUAGCCCUAAUCCGGGCCCUUACGGUCUCGGAGGAAGGGGUCCCUUGGGACUAGGGCGCGGUUCACGAUACCAAAAUGCACCGUCGGCAGGAUACUAGCAUUCGAAAAACUGCCAGUAACGCAAAGACUACGACUGAACAACUGCACCUUGUGAUAUUCCAGGGGAUCACAUGGAAUAGGUUGGGAUCACAUGGGAUAAGUUAAGCAGACAGAGACGGCCACGUCCUCGAAAAAAUGUUUAAGUCUGAUUUUGAAUAAAUAGAAAUUAGUCACGACGACCGAUUAGACUCGUCGACAAAAUUUUGAUCCACAAUUUUGAGCUACCUAACUUUGAAAUUAAAACCUAACUGUUUCGAUUUUA